AUGGCCUCACAAGUCUUGGUCUAUCCACCAUAUGUUUAUCAAACCCAGUCAAGUGCCUUUUGUAGUGUGAAGAAACUCAAACUAGAACCAAGCAGUUGCGUGUACCACGAAAGAACCUACCCGCAAAUCUAUGUGAAUGGUAAAAACUUUGGAAUUUCUCCCCGCAGGGUUAGUACGUACUUUCAGACUAAAAACCCAUUUGACAGACCUCGAGGACGGAACUUCUUGUUGCAGUCAAAUGCUGUUGCUUUAAAAAAUAUUGCAGGUGCUACAAAAGCGUUAGCAGCGCGGGCGCAGCAAGCUCAGUUAGAGGCACCUCGGACUGGGACGCAAGGAAGCCGAUCAGAUAUCCUGGAAGGAACCCAGCGAUGUGGAUUGAAGCGUAAGAGCGAAGAGCUGGAUAAUCAAAACACCACGAUGCAGAUUGUUGAUGAACUGUCCAUCCUGCCUGCAAUGUUGCAAACCAACGUAGGAAACCCAGUGACGGUUGUGACAACGGCUGCAGCUUCAAAACCAAGUGGUACAAGCGGCGAUGGAGAUUACCAGUUAGUACAGCAUGAGGUAUUGUGCUCUGUGAAAAACACUUACGAGGUUCUUGAUUUCCUUGGGCGAGGGACCUUUGGACAAGUAGUGAAGUGCUGGAAAAGGGGGACAAAUGAGAUUGUGGCAAUCAAAAUCUUGAAGAAUCAUCCUUCGUAUGCACGCCAAGGACAAAUAGAAGUGAGCAUACUAGCGAGACUAAGUACUGAAAAUGCUGAUGAAUUUAACUUUGUGAGAGCCUACGAAUGCUUUCAGCAUCGUAACCAUACUUGUCUGGUUUUUGAGAUGUUGGAACAGAAUUUAUACGACUUCCUGAAACAAAACAAAUUCAGCCCUCUGCAACUGAAAGUAAUACGGCCUAUUCUGCAACAGGUGGCCACUGCACUGAAAAAACUAAAAAGUCUGGGUUUAAUCCAUGCUGACCUCAAACCAGAGAACAUUAUGUUGGUGGAUCCUGUUCGGCAGCCUUACCGAGUUAAAGUAAUAGAUUUUGGGUCUGCCAGCCAUGUAUCAAAGACUAUUUGUUCAACCUAUUUACAAUCUCGGUAUUAUAGAGCACCAGAGAUCAUACUGGGAUUGCCGUUUUGUGAAGCCAUAGACAUGUGGUCGUUAGGGUGUGUGAUUGCAGAGCUGUUUCUUGGAUGGCCACUGUACCCAGGAGCACUGGAAUAUGACCAGAUUCGUUACAUUUCACAGACUCAAGGUUUGCCAGGAGAGCAGUUGUUAAGCAUGGGAACGAAAACUGCAAGAUUUUUCUGUAGAGAAACGGAUGCACCAUAUUCUAGUUGGAGAUUAAAGACAUUGGAAGAGCACGAGGCAGAGACAGGUAUGAAGUCUAAAGAGGCCAGAAAGUAUAUUUUCAACAGUUUGGAUGAUAUAGUGCAUGUGAACAUGGUGAUGGAUUUGGAAGGAAGUGACCUGUUGGCAGAGAAGGCAGAUAGGAGGGAAUUUGUCAGUCUGUUGAAGAAAAUGUUGCUGAUCGACGCUGAUUUAAGAAUCACUCCAGCUGAGACCCUGAACCAUUCUUUUGUUACCAUGAAGCACCUCCUCGAUUUUCCUCAUAGCAACCAAGUGAAGUCCUGUUUUCAUAUCAUGGAUGUUUGCAAAUGCAGAUCAAAUUUGUAUGACUUAAGUAAUCGCAAUAAAACAUCACUUAUGAGACCAGUUGCCUCAGGCAGUGCAGCUAAUCUGACUGCGAGCUUUACCAAAAUUGGUCCAGUAAGAAGUCAGGCAUUAACUGCAUCUGCCCAUUCAGUUUUGCACCAAGGGAUACCACUGCAGGCAGGAACUGCUCAGUUUGGUUGCAGUGAUGUUUUCCAACAGGCAUUGAUUAUAUGUCCUCCAACUAUUCAAGGAAUUCCUACAAACCAUAGCAAACCCACCAGUUUCUCCCUGAGGGUGGAUAAUGCAGUUCCGCUGGUGACCCAAGCCCACGCGAUUCAGCCACUACAGAUUCGAGCAGGAAUCCUUUCUCAGACGUGGUCGAAUCAGACCCAGCAAAUACUGGUUCCUGCAUGGCAGCAAGUAGCGCCAGUGGCAGCUCCUGCUACAUCUCUGGCCUCUGAUCCUGUGGCUGGCCCACAGAGGCUUGGAGACUGGGGGAAGAUGAUUACCCAGGGCACCCAUUACAAUUCAAUGAUACCGCAGCCUCUUUUAACACAUCAGAUAACCUUGUCUGCCCCUCAGCCAAUUAGCGUGGGCAUUGCACACGUUGUCUGGCCUCAGCCUGCAGCCACCAAGAGGAACAAACUCUGUCAGAACAGGAGCAAUGUGUUACAAAAUACCAAUAUCCAAAAUUCAGCCUUUAUAUCUCCAAAGAUACUUAACCUGAAGGCUGUAAAGAGAAUAAGUUGUAUAGAAGCACAGGACAAUCAUAACGUGGAAGGACAGGAAAGUAACUGUUGUGACGCAUCGAUCAGGCUGGACCCUGAUUCAUCUCUUUCAACCAAACAGCGCCAGGCUAUCUUCAUUGCCGGUUCCCCCAGCCCAGCAGUCAGCGUGAUCACCAUCAGCAGUGACACAGAUGAAGAUGACAUAGGACGAACACAUUCACUGAGAGAGUGUAAAGGCAGCCUUGACUGUGAAGCCUGCCAGAACACCCUGAACAUUGACCGCGUGUGUUCUCUCAGCAGUCCUGAUAGCACUCUGAGUACUAGCUCCUCGGGACGGUCUAGUCCAUCUCCUUGCAAGAGAUCCAACAGCAUGUCAGAUGACGAACAGGAAAGUGGCUGUGAUACGGUGGAUGGUUCCCCAACUUCAGACUCUUCAGGACACGACAGCCCAUUUGUGGAAAAUGGCUUUGUAGCUAACACCAACAAAAAUAAGGACGCAAGAGCAUCGGUUAAUCCUGAAACCAAAUCAGCUGUUUGCACGGUAGUGGUACCACCGAUGAGACUUGAAAACAGGUUACAUCUUGAUGGACAGAUGGUGAAUACCGAUGCUACGUGCCAGCCACUGAAAAAAGGUCGGUCUGUCCUGGGAAGAAUAAACCAGUCUUCUAUUGUAGGAAACCGUCAGCAAAAACUGACAUCAGCAUUCCAUCAGCAACAUAUAAACUUCAGUCAGGUUCAGCACUUUGGAUCUGGGCCGCAGGAAUGGAAUGGAAACUACGCUCAUCGGAGGCAGCAGGCUUACAUCCCAGCCAGCGUUGCCGGUCAUGCUUUCUCCCUUCCGCAAGGAAGUCCAAAUCACACUACCGUGCACGCGCAUCUCUCUGGAAGUACCCACCUUGGAGGACAGCCUGCUAUUCUUCCGUACCCGUCGUCGGCACCCCUUAGUACUGCUGCACCUGUUGCCCACCUCCUUGCCUCGCCAUGUACCUCAAGACCCUUGUUACAACAUCCAACGUACAAUAUAUCUCAUCCCAGUGGUAUAGUGCACCAAGUUCCAGUUGGCAUAAAUCCCCGUCUCUUACCUUCCCCAACCAUCCCUCAGACUCAAUACAAACCAAUUUUCCCACCACAUUCGUACAUUGCAGCAUCACCUGCUUACACAGGAUUUCCAUUGAGUCCAACAAAACUCAGCCAGUAUCCAUUUAUGUGAGAACUCAAAUACAGUAUAUUGAGGAAUCUCAAUGAUACCGAAGUUUGAUUUAAGAAGAAACAUGGUAUUUAUUAAAUAUUAGCCAUGGCACAACAGGAAAAUUAUUUUUUUGAAUCAUGUAGACUUGGGUGCAAUUUAAACAACUCUGAGCUUUAAAAAAACUCACUUUUAAUGUGUUUUGCACAUUUGGUAUAACUUGUCUUUGGUCAUGUUACCUUCUUAUAUAGUAACUUUAGACAGGUGACUUAUGGGAGCAGAAAUCUGGUUUUGCUCCUGCUAUUUUUUAUAAAAUUGCCUUCUAACUAGUGCAAGACACGUCUACAUUUGGGAAGCCAUUAAGUGUACAGAACUAGAGCAACAGAUGCACAUAUGUCAGCAGUACAGUGUAGAAGUAACUUGUUUGUAUUGCGUAUCUUGGUGUUUAAAUGUUGAGUCACUUAUCUAAAAGUUGAGCUGUUGUUCUUCACAUUGCAUGUGUCUUUUGCAUGGGCAAAAAAAAAAGCCUAAACAUUGCUCUUAAAUGUUGUUGUCCUAAUAAUCUCAGCUGCAUUGUAAACUGUUCCCACACAUAGUGCCUUAAAUAUUUGAGGUUGUUAAUGUUAUUACUUAUAUAUAAAUGUUGAGGACUGCAGCACUUAAAAAUUCAGAUCUGCUGAUUUUUUGAUAGCGUAAUGCUCAUUUUGGGUUUUGUGUGGUAUGAUUUUAGUAUUGGGUGUGUUUUCCUUAUCGAGAAGGCAGCAUGUUUUGCUGUAGCCGAAUUUUGCUGUCUUUUUUCCCCCAGAAUGAUCUACUUUAGUAGUGCUUAAGAAAAGUUGAUUCAGUAGCUAUUGAGUAGUGACACACAACACAGUAUUUCAUACUGGUAAAUGGAACUGCAAUACAACCUAAGUAGUUUAUUUUAAAAGUGUUUGUCUAAUUGGAUAUAAUAAAAUGUUUAGAGGUGCGGUAGGCAUGACUGACUAGCUAACGAAAGAAAAAGCCAAGUGCUCAUUGAUCCAUGAUGUGGUUUCAUCUUAGCUUGAGCAAACCAUGCAGUAUUUAAUAACUAGUAGCAGAAUAUUUACUAUUGAAGCUUGAAAAGAUGUGAGUUCUUUGUGUGCAAUCUUUCAUUUAUGCAUGGGAGAGAUUUUAGUCUUUUUACAUUAUAGUAUUUGUUUUAGCCUGUUGCGGGUGUUUGCUUAUUUAAUACAUUCCGUCAGGGACAUAAAUUACAUGCUUUUUGCAUUUUUUUUUUUCCUUAGGAAGUGUGUCUUUUUCGUUUUUUGUUUUGUUCAAAUGAAGUUGCUUUUGCAGCACCAAAGACUUAAUCAUCCAUUUCCUAUAAAAGGUAGCUACUUUUUCAUAGACCUCAAGUAUACUGUAGUGUAGAGAUGGGAUUUACGGAAGGUAUUAAGCUGAGGCUGUGUUUUAGCUUAUGG